UGAAACGGCCCCAGUCUGGGCUGCCCAGCGUGAGCGAGUCAUUGUCCCUGCAGAGCCGCGGAGCAGCCGCCGCCGGCUCCGAGUCGCGCUCCCUGCCCCUACGGGACAGCUCCCUCCUCGCAUCUCCUCCCCCAGGAGCCGAGAAGCGGAGCCGAGCCUGUGAAGGGGCCUGGGCUUCACCCCUACCACGGCGUGAUGAGCAAGCGCCAAGUCACCGUCCUGCUCCUGCAAGUUCUCCUGCAGUUGUGCCCGGGCUCCGGCGCCCAGCCUGCCCCGCAAGUUUUUGAUCUUCUUUCAUCUCCCAGCCGGAGAGUGGUAACCUUUCUACAGCAAGCACUUGCUGAUCCUACUUUGAAUGAAGUAUAUGUGCUCUCAACAUUCAAACUGCAGCCAAAGAGUACAGCCACCAUAUUUGGCUUAUACUCUUCGGAUGACAACAGCAAGUAUUUUGAAUUCACGGUGGUGGGGCGAUUGAAUAAAGUCAGCCUGCGUUACUUGAAGAAUGAUGGGAAGUUAAACUCUGUGAUGUUCAGCAGCAUCCAGUUGGCUGAUGGGAAGCGCCAUGCAGUCCUUUUGAGGUUGAGUGGUCUGCAACGGGGAUCCAUCACAGCAGAGUUAUAUCUAGAUUGCAUGCAGGUGGAUGCCAUUCAAGGUCUGCCUAAAGCGUUUUCAGGUCUAUACCAGAGCUCAGAGUCUCUGGAAAUUCGCACCCUACAGAAAAAGGCACAGGACACUUUGGAUGAACUGAAAGUGGUAGUGAAAGGCUCACUUUCUCAAGUUGCAAGUCUGCAAGAUUGCUUCCUUCAGCAGAUUGAGCCUGCUACUCAGAACACAGAUGAUUUUAAUAGGCAAUUCAUGGGUCAAAUGAUGCAAAUGAACCAAAUGCUAGGAGAUGUGAAAGACCUUCUCAGACAGCAGAUCAAGGAAACAACUUUUUUGAGAAAUACUAUAGCAGAAUGCCAGGCGUGUGGUUUGGGAGCUGAAAACUUUCCAACUCUUCCCCCCCAACCUCCUAAACCUAAAUGCGAAGCCAAUUCCUGUUUCAGAGGGGUCAGGUGCAGAGAGACAGAUGAUGGAUUUCAGUGUGGGCCUUGUCCCGAAGGGUUCACGGGAAAUGGAGUUACAUGCUCAGAUAUUGAUGAGUGCCGCUAUAGUCCAUGCUUCCCUGGGGUGCUUUGUGUGAACAUUGCCCCAGGCUUCCGAUGUGAGGCCUGCCCUCCAGGAUACAUAGGCCAGGCAGUUCAUGGGGUAGGAAUCAACUCUGCCAAGAAUAAUAAGCAGGUCUGCUUGGAUUUUGAUGAAUGUAACAAUGGCCAAAAUGGAGGUUGUGUUCCAAAUUCCCAGUGUAUAAACACCAUGGGUUCUUACCGCUGUGGCCCAUGCAAACCUGGUUACAUUGGAGACCAGGCUAAAGGAUGCAAGGCAGAGAAAAGCUGCAGAAAUCGAGCCUUGAACCCAUGCAGUGUCUACGCACAAUGUAUUGAAGAGAGACGUGGAGAGAUUUCAUGUACUUGUGGCAUUGGUUGGGCUGGUGACGGUUAUAUCUGUGGAAAGGACAUAGAUAUUGAUGGCUAUCCUGAUGAAAAACUUUCAUGUGCUGCAGAUAGCUGCAGAAAGGACAACUGCAGAUUUGUUCCAAAUUCAGGACAAGAAGAUGCAGAUGGUGAUGGGAUUGGAGAUGCUUGUGAUGAGGAUGCUGAUGGAGAUGGAAUUCCUAAUGAACAGGAUAACUGUAUAUUGGCUCCUAAUGUUAACCAGAGGAACAGUGAUCAAGAUAUCUUUGGAGAUGCUUGUGACAACUGUCGCACAGUCUUGAAUAAUGACCAGAGGGACACAGAUGGUGAUGGGAAAGGAGACGCCUGUGAUGACGACAUGGAUGGAGAUGGUAUUAAGAACCUUUUGGAUAACUGUCAGAGAGUUCCCAACCGGGACCAAAAUGACCAGGAUAAUGACGGUGUUGGUGAUGCUUGUGACAGCUGCCCCACUAUCAGCAACCCCAAUCAGUCAGAUAUUGACAAUGACCUGAUUGGAGAUUCUUGUGACACCAAUCAAGACAGUGAUGGAGACGGACACCAGGACAGCACAGACAACUGUCCCACAGUCAUUAACAGCUCCCAGCUCGACACAGAUAAGGAUGGCCUGGGUGAUGAGUGUGACGACGAUGAUGAUAAUGAUGGGAUUCCGGACCUCAUCCCCCCGGGCCCUGAUAACUGCCGCCUGGUUCCCAACCCUGGACAGGAAGAUGACAACAGUGAUGGAGUUGGUGAUAUAUGUGAAUCGGAUUUUGACCAGGAUACAAUAAUCGAUCGAAUUGAUAUUUGUCCUGAGAAUGCUGAGAUCACCCUGACAGAUUUCAGGGCUUAUCAAACGGUGGUCCUGGAUCCUGAAGGUGAUGCUCAGAUUGACCCUAAUUGGAUGGUUCUGAACCAGGGUAUGGAGAUUGUACAGACCAUGAACAGUGAUCCUGGCCUGGCAGUUGGUUAUACAGCUUUCAAUGGGGUUGACUUUGAAGGCACCUUUCAUGUGAAUACGGUGACGGAUGAUGACUAUGCUGGCUUUAUUUUUGGUUAUCAAGACAGUUCCAGUUUUUACGUGGUAAUGUGGAAGCAGACAGAACAGACUUACUGGCAAGCAACUCCAUUCAGAGCUGUUGCAGAACCUGGAAUUCAGCUUAAGGCUGUUAAAUCUAAGACUGGCCCUGGAGAACACCUCAGGAAUUCACUCUGGCAUACAGGGGACACCAAUGACCAGGUCAGACUGCUAUGGAAAGACCCCAGAAACGUGGGCUGGAAAGAUAAAGUCUCGUAUCGCUGGUUCUUGCAGCACAGACCCCAGGUUGGAUACAUCAGGGCACGAUUCUAUGAAGGGUCUCAGCUGGUGGCAGAUUCUGGAGUAACUGUAGACACUACCAUGCGUGGAGGAAGACUUGGUGUUUUCUGCUUCUCUCAGGAAAACAUUAUUUGGUCCAACCUGAAAUAUCGUUGCAACGACACCAUCCCAGAGGACUUUCAGGAAUUUCAAGCUCAGCAGCUUGGAGUUGGAGAUAUCUAACACAGAAAGCAACCUGAUGUUGCUAUUUCAAACGGCAAAAGCAAUACUCAUUUGUUGUAAGAAUGCACACCACAGCUUGUUCUGGUUAAUAUAACUGUCAGACUUUUUUAUGUAAAUGUGAAAAUAAAAAGGAGAUAAAGUAA